AUGUAUUCCGGUAUCAAGAUGCUGGCGGCUAGCCUAGCGCUGCUGCUCCCAUUCGUAGCCACAUCUCCUCGACCGACCCCGUCGUAUGCCUCUACCUUACCGAUCCAUGCGCAAAGUAUGUUCACGGAGUCUAUGGAAUUUAUGGAUUACUUUUACGAUCAGCCAUACGGGUAUCUGUAUGAGGUUACUGGUAACAUGGGAGGUCGACACGAGACACGGAGCUCAGUCUGGUAUGCAAUUGGCUUGCUCGCCAGAAACGAGGGCGACGACGUCAGCGAGGCUGAGAAAAUCAUCACCAAAGUCAUCGAAUCGCAAUUCAAGGACCCAGAUAAUGAGUGGUUUGGUGACUACCAGCAGGAGCCUGAAGAACCCGAGGUCGGGAGUCCUGUGUAUUCUGAUUCAGCGUGGGAUCCGAACUGGCGUGGCUUCAUCGGAACUGCUUUCAUCCUCGGCAUUGAGGAGUUUGGCCAUUUGCUGUCUCCUGAAGUGACUGAUCUGCUUCUCGAGUCACUGAGAAACAACACCAUCGGCGACACCUAUCGAAACGACAUUAUUGAACUCGAUAACUUCCAUCCCGGCUAUAGUAACCCAUGGAUCAUGCGAUGCUUUGUAUCAAGCUGGACUGGAAACCGGCUGAAUGAUUCCAACAUGACGAUUUCUGGCGAGCAAUACGCGAAACAGUUGCUCGAUCUUUUUGACGAAAACAACCAGACCCUCUCUGAGUUCAACAGCGGUACCUAUUAUGGUGUAUCUCUGUGGGCUCUAGUUCUGUGUUCUAAAUACCUACCAAAAGACGCAAUCUUGGGUCAACGUGCCCCCGACGUCGUUGCACAUGUUUGGAGAUCAAUUGCCGAGCUGUGGCACCCUCAUUUGUUGAAUCUUGCUGGCCCAUGGGACCGUACCUAUGGGUAUGACAUGCAAAAGUAUGUUGCGCUCGUCGCUUUCCCCAUCUGGGGUGCCGUGGGCAAAUCGUACUCUUCGAUCAAACAGCGACCUGGCGUCAUUGCCCACCACGAUGAUUUCGAGAUGGCACCCUUGCACGCAAUUGUUGCCGAAACCCACAACAGCCUCAUUCCCGAAGAUGUCAAGGCUGCGUUGCAGGUUUUCAAGGGCGAACAUACAUACAAUGCUUCAAUCAGAUACCCACCCUAUGACAUUGAGAACCGUAACGUCACCGCAUGGCUUGCGAACAACAUCAGCAUCGGAGCCCAAAGCUGGUAUAUCAACUCAUCAGUCCCAGGUGGAAAGAUGGGAAAUAUGAAGAGUUAUGCCCCAGGAGUCAUUCAAUGGCGGUUGCAUACCAAUGAGAUUGGAUGGAUCUUGCCCCAAGUCGUCAACAACCACACAGUUGUGGAGGCCAGCCCGGGCACCUUAACCGUCACCUACCCCGAGGGCAACAAUGCAUCAAGCUUCAGCUUUAUUGUUUCGCAAUUCGCUGAAAAGCCUACAGUGACCUCACUGGAUGAUAUUCAAGGCCUCAGCGUCAAUGUCAGCGGUACAGUUAAUGCAUCGUACGAAAUCUCCUUCGGUGGUUCUUAUGGCGGAGCACAUUCGGUCCUCAACACCUUUGAGUAUUGGAACUUUACAUGGACCAUGCCGCAGGACUCAUCGGAAGUCCCUGCCAUUUCUCUUCACGUCUCACUUGAGUGA